AUGAGUGCUGCUCAAGUAGAACGAUAUGUGUUUGAAACACUCACGGACACAGCCAAGGAGGGUGUAUCCUGUGUGAAAGAUCAGCUUGAACUAGAAUCCUCUAGGCGUGACUCAGGGGUUGGUACCGAACAUACUCUGAGUGGUAGUGCUAAGGAGCGUCUGUUUGCAAACAGACUGCUUUCGUGUGCAUGCUGUGUGUGUGUGCUGUACGUCCCGGUGGUCAUGGGCGAUGGCGUGGCUGUGUGUAAGGACUGUGCCUUCAAUAUGAACGCACAUACACAUACAGGCUUGUACACAGAAGCACGCAAUGCUUUUACGAGUGUGUUGGAUAAAACGCCGGACUCAGCUGCACUAUGGUUGAACCGAGCCACUGCACACUUAGAGCUCAAGGACGCGCACAAGGCACUUUCAGACGCCAACAAAGCGAUUACCUUAUGUGCUGCGAGUGUGCACUACCCGUCGGGAUUGCUGUACGUCAAGGCCAUGUAUCGUAAGGGAGCGGCGUACUACGCGCUGGAAAAAUAUGAGGAGGCUGUGACUACGCUCAGCAUACUAUUGGCAUGGCAAUCUGACGAGGGGUCCGAGGCUAUGCUCAAACAAAGCAUACACGCACUGAUCAAUACACCUUCAGCAACAACCCACACGGAUAAAGAACAACACACAGAUACGUUAGUAAGCACAGAUGGAGCUGACGAUAGAGACCAGGGAGAUGUAUUAGAUGCCACAGACAUGGACUACAGUGCAGAUGUGGGGCGUAGGGCAGAGAAUACUGCGCCCAAAGACGGAUCUGUAUGA